AUGGAAUUUACAGAGGGAAACUACACCUUGGUCACUGAAUUCAUUCUCCUGGGUUUUCCUACUCGCCCUGAACUGCAGAUUGUCCUAUUCCUCCUAUUUCUCGUAUUGUAUGGUAUGAUCUUAACAGGGAACAUUGGAUUGAUGCUGUUAAUCAGGACAGAUCCACAACUUCAAACCCCCAUGUAUUUCUUCCUCAGCAACCUGUCCUUUGUUGACCUUUGCUAUUCCUCAGUCAUUGUGCCCAAAAUGCUGAUCAAUUUCCUCUCAGUAAACAAAUCUAUUUCCUACUAUGGGUGUGCCCUGAAGUUUUAUUUCUUCUGCACUUUUGCAGAUACUGAAUCCUUUAUCUUGGCUGCCAUGGCAUAUGACCGCUAUGUGGCCAUCUGCAACCCUUUACUGUACACAGUUGUGAUGUCACGGGGCAUCUGUAUCAGGCUGAUUGUCUUGUCCUACAUUGGAGGCAACCUGAGCUCUCUGGUUCACACAUCCUUUGCCUUUAUUCUGAACUACUGUGACAAAAAUGUCAUGAACCACUUUUUCUGUGACCUCCCUCCCCUCCUUAAGCUCUCCUGCACAGACACAUCACUUAAUGAGUGGCUCCUCUCCACAUAUGGCAGCUCAGUGGAAAUUAUCUGCUUCAUCAUCAUCAUCACCUCCUACUAUUUCAUCCUUCUUUCAGUCUUAAAGAUCUGCUCUGCUGGUGGGAGGAAGAAAACCUUCUCUACCUGUGCCUCUCACCUGACUUCUGUGGUCAUCUACCAGGGGACUCUUCUCUUCAUUUACUUCCGUCCCAGGUCUGUGUAUGCUCCCAACACUGAUAAAAUUAUCUUGGUGUUCUACACCAUUAUCAUCCCAAUGCUGAACCCAUUGAUUUACAGUUUCAGAAAUAAAGAUGUAAAACAUGCAGAGAAGAAAGCUCUACAAUCAAAGGUAAAUUCUUCAUGA